GUUCACUGAAGCUUAAUGAGAACUUUAGAUGACCGUGGAGCGCAGACAAAGUCUUUCAGGUAUUGUGGAGGUGCCAGACGCGGGAUUAAAAGCACUCGUUGUAUUCCCUAUUGAUGACGACAAACAUACCAUUUGGGAUUUUAUACGAAUUUCUGCUGCGCUACCUGAAAACACAGCAUAAUUGCUUCACCGUCUCAAGGGUUGAGUGACAAGACCAGAAGACCCCUCACAAACUAGUGAUCUUUUCCUGCGAACAGAAAUGCACAAAGCACUGCUAACAACCGUCUGUGUCGCCAUUCUACUCAUAUGCGGUAACCUGGCAAAACCCAACGGUCAGAAGAACAAAAAGAAGGACAAACAAGUGGUACCUGCGAUCGAAUGCGAUGUACGUGCAGGUAAGAUCAACCUCCCAGAGUUCAUUGCCAAAUGUCCCGCCAACUGCAAGGAGACUAAGCAGAGGGUGUACGGCACGGGGGUGUUUGCCUCCAUUUCCAGCAUCUGCAACGCUGCUAUCCACAGUGGUGUCAUUACUAAUGGCGGAGGCAAGGUGAUUGUGAGGAAGAUGGCUGGGCAGGCGUCUUACAAAGGAAGCCUGGCCAAUGGCAUUCGCUCUCUGUCUCUUCCCAACUGGAGGGAAUCCUUCACUGUUGCCGUGGGCAAGCCUAAGAAGGGUGUGAUAUACCCCACCAGUUUGGACUACGGCCCAUCCAAACCCACAACAGUGAAAACCGUCCAGAAGGAAGCCAAAGCAGCGCAGGCCUCUUCCGCGUUGCCAGCGACAACGGUGGCUGAACCAGCCACGACAGCUGACGUGGAGCCAACUACCACCGUUGUUGCUGAGACCAUGCCUCCGACCACACCAAUGGCCACCACCACUACUACCGCCCCCACGACCACAUCAACCACCACCACCACCACCACCACCACAGCCAAACCACGGCCCGCUGUGCAUAAAGUCAGAGAUGCGGACAGUAUCCACCCCUACUAUGCCUCUUUAGCAGCCGCCAGUUCAAGACAGUCACAGACUCAGAGUGGUCAUGGAAAAUCCCAAGCAUUCAGAGGGAGCUCGGCCAUUGCAAAUAGGUUUUCACCUCGGCCAAACGCAGGUCUGAGAAGGCCUGAACCCGGCUCUGCCGUCCGGAGACAACCACCCCCAUCUGGGCCAGUGUUUGCUAGGAGAGAUUGGCCUCCUUAUGCUUACCCUCGGCCCGAGUGGUACCCCAGAACCAGGAGACCCACAGAUAACUACUCUCCAGACAUGGGCUAUUCUUGGACUGAGGUGGAUGCAAUGGAAAACACAGGCACUGAGGCAGAUGCCGGGCGUAAAUCAUUCCCUGAGAUGACACACACCAGGGUGGAGCCGCUGGAUGCCUGGAGGACUGAUCUAUCCCCAUAUGAUCAAGGCCUCAAUGUACGCGAGCAGGACUCCUUGCCCAUAGCCCCUGAGCCCGUCUCCCAGGGAGAUCCAAACUGUAAAGUGGACAUUGCCUUCCUGAUGGAUGGCAGCUGGAGCAUUGGGAAGAGGCGAUUUAAGAUCCAGAAGGACUUCCUGGUAGAUGUGUCCCAAGCGUUGGAUGUUGGUUUGGCUGGUCCCAUAAUGGGAAUCAUCCAGUAUGGAGAUGACCCGGUGACAGAGUUUAGCCUGAGGGCCUACUCCAGCUCCCGGGAGCUUAAGCCAGCUGUGGACAAGAUUACCCAGAAGGGAGGCCAGUCCAACGUGGGUAAGGCCCUGUCCUACAUCAACAAGCACUACUUCAGUGAUGCCAACGGCAACCGUGGCGGUGCGCCCAACGUGGCGGUGGUGCUGGUGGACGGCUGGCCAACUGACAAGGUGGAGGAGGCCUCGCGGCUCGCCAGGGAAUCAGGAAUCAACAUCUUCUUUGUCACCAUCGAAGGCCCAGAUGAGAACGAGAAGGAAAACGUGGUGGAGCCUAACUUUGUGGAUAAGGCUGUGUGCCGGACCAAUGGCUACUACUCGAUGUCGGUCCCCAGCUGGUUUGGGCUGCGCAAGGCCGUGCAGCCGCUCGUCAAGCGCGUGUGCGACACGGACCGGCUGAUGUGCAGCAAGACCUGCCUGAACGCCAACGACAUCGCCUUCGUCAUCGACGGCUCCAGCAGCGUGGGCACGGGCAACUUCCGCACCGUGCUGCAGUUCGUGGCCAACGUGACGCGGGAGUUCGAGAUCUCCGACACGGACACGCGCGUGGGCGCCGUGCAGUACACCUACGAGCAGCGGCUGGAGUUUGCGUUCGGCCAGUACAACGCCAAGUCGGAGCUGCUCAACGCCAUCAAGCGCAUCAACUACUGGAGCGGGGGCACCAGCACGGGGGCCGCCAUCACAUACGCCGCCGAGCAGCUCUUCAGCAAGUCCAAACCCAACAAGCGCAAGAUCAUGAUCGUCAUCACCGACGGACGCUCCUACGACGACGUCAGGGCGCCAGCGCUGGCUGUACAUCGAAAAGGUGUAAUCGCGUACUCCAUUGGCAUCGCGUGGGCCGCACAGGAUGAGCUGGAGUACAUCGCCACAGAUCCGGACAAGGAGCACUCCUUCUUUGUGGACGAGUUUGACAACCUGUACAAGUUUGUGCCCAAGAUCAUACAAAACAUCUGCCAGGAGUUCAACUCUCAACCCCGGAACUGAGCACAGAGGGGCAUACUAAGAAGCU